AUGCCCAAAAUGCUCCGUAUCGAAUGCUCAGGCACGCCAUACGAGAUCGGCCUCCAACACGGCCAAGAAGCCCGCGUUCAAAUCUCCCGCUCCAUAAUGUUCUACGCAGACCUCUUCCAACGCAACUGUAAUCUUUCCUGGGAAGCCGUCCAAGGACUCGCGAUGCGGGAUUUCUUACCCGUCAUUCAAGAGAAAUGGCCUGAAUUGAUGCAGGAAAUGAGAGGGAUUGCUGAUGGGACGGAUUUGGGGGUUGAGGAUAUUUUGGCUUUGAAUGUUAGAACUGAGGUUGCUUUUGGGAUGUUUUCGGAUGGGUGUACUGCUUUCUCGACUUUUGGUUCUGAAGGGGGGAAGGGGGAUGUUUCGUGGUUGUCGCAGAAUUGGGAUUGGAAUCCUUUGCAAAAGAGGAAUUUGGUACAGUUGAGUAUUACACAGCCGGGAAAACCUCGAAUUAUGAUGAUUACUGAAGCGGGGAUUAUUGGAAAAAUUGGAAUGAAUGAAUAUGGUGUCGGGGUAUGUUUAAACGCCAUCCGAGCUUCCGGGGUGGAUUUUCGGAAAUUGCCAUGUCAUUUGGGAUUGCGUGUUGUGUUGGAGAGUGCGAGUCGAGAGGAUGCUUUGAAGCGUUUGGAAGGGUUUGGUGGGGUUGCUAGUGCUUGUCAUAUGUUGAUUGCGGAUCGCGAGGGUGGGGUGGGUGUGGAGUGGAGUUUUAAGGGAUGGGAGAAGAUUGAGAUGGAUGGGAAAGGGAGGGUGUUUCAUGCUAAUCAUUAUUUGAGAAGUCCGGCGGAGGGGGUUAAGGAGGACGAGGCGUGGUUGGAGGGGUCGAGGUAUAGGACUAAGAGAAUUGAGGAGUUGGUUGAUCGGUUGCAAGAGGAGCAUGGUGGGGAGGUUUCUUAUGAGGGGAUUCUGGAGGUUUUUAAGGAUGAGGGGGGGUUUCCUAAGAGUAUUUGUAGGAAGAGAGAGGGGGAUAGUACGGAUGAGACUUUGUUUAAUAUCGUCAUGGAUUUGAAGGGGUUGAAGGCGUUUGUUGUUGUGGGGAGACCGACGGAGCCGGAGGAGAAGUUGGAGUUGGUGUUUUGA